UCUACCACCAAGGAAAAAAAAUGUAUUUGCAAUUUCAAAUAAUUCUGUGUGUUGGACUAAUAUUUUCAACAUCAGCCGAUACCACAUUUAAUGAAGUUUUGAAUGCAUUAACGUCGAAAAAUGUAGAAAUGGCACAACUCGAUUUUCAUAAUUGUGUUGAUAAAUGUAAAAUAAAUGCACUAAAAACAAACAAAAAUAACAUUAAUCAACAAUUAAUUGAGCUAAAGGAUGAAAUCGUUUUAGGCAAAAUAGAACUAAAUAAAACGAGUGACAGAUUAUUAGAACUCUUAGGAUUAGAUGCAUCACAUAAUACACGUCGCCUUAAAAGGUGUUGUGCUUUUUUCCACAGGAAUUUGUUUGCAGUAGAACAACCCAAGUUUACAAGCAAUGACCAUAUGGAAGUUUUGACAAUUUUGAGAUUUAGUACAGCAUUUCGUAUUCUGCAUAAUUGCUUAGAAAAAUAUAAAUGUUUGAAUAUUUCUAUGGAUGAUCUUUUAUGGGGAUUUUAUAACAGAAACCCAAAUUCACGAAAUAAUGAUCCAAAUUUAAAAUCAUUCACUUAUCAACUAUUAGAAGGAGUUGUUUUUCGUAAUACUACACCAAAAUAUUUUGUUAGUACUCUAAAGCAGUACAUAUAUGGACCUAAAUGCAAAAAACCUUUCGUAAAAUAUUGUACUGCUGCUUACUACACGUAUUUGAUUACUGAAAGUCCCAUUUUAAAUAAUAUAUUCAAAGAUAUUAGACGAUUAAAGUUAUGAAAUAAAAAUUUUGGUUUUGUUUUUAUGUUAUAAGUAUUUAAAUGACAAUAUUUUUUUUGUGUAAUAAUAUGGUUCAAUUAA